AUGGCUCGGAGGCCGGCGGAGCAGGGGUCCCGCCCCCCGGCGGCGGGUCUCGCGGCUGCGCGGGCGGGCAGCGCGGGCCCUCACGAGCGUAGGAGGUGCCGCGCCCCCUCCCUCCCUUCCUCUCCAUCCCUGCUCAGCAUGCGGCGACGUGGCGUGCGGGGAGCUCCGCGCCGCCGCAGCCCGCGGGAGGGCGAGCCGCUCCCCGCGCCGGCCGCGGCUCCCGCGCGGCGAGGCCCCUGCUCCGAGCUCCGCCGCCCCUGCUCCGAGGCCCAGCGGCGCCCACGGACCGGAGCUCGCGCGGCACGGGGCGGCGGCGGCCCACACGGCCCGGCGGGGCGAGGCAGGGCGGCCUCCGCCGGCACCCCUCCUCCUCCCUCCUCCCACGCCGGCCGAGCGCACCCCUCCUCCUCCCUCCCUCCUCCACCGGCGUCCGCGCAGGCGUGGGCGGCCUCGCCGCCGCGGCCUCGAGCUCGGCCCUCCCCAGUGCGGACGGCGGCGAGCGGGCUCAUGGAGGCGGCGGCGUGA